AUGAAGAUUGCAAUAAUUUUGUUAAUGUCAUUUUGCGCUUCAAUUCCGAAACUAAAGGCACAAAGUGAUAUUGAAAGUGACAUUGAUUUUGAACUUUAUAAGCAUUUAGAUAUUACGCCGCACCAUACAUCGUUUGAUCACGAUGUAGAUUUUGAUGAUGAGCAUUCAACUUUCGAUUCAACUUAUGAUGGUGGUGGAUCAGAAAAUAAUGAAAAUGAUGAAAAUGAUUCAACAGAUCAUAAUGGAAAAAAACAAAAUGCAAAUUAUAAAAAUGACAAUGAUGAAAACGAUGAGGAAAAUGAACGAACUGAAAAUGAUGAAGGUGAUAAUGAAAAUGAUGAUGAUGAAACUACUGAUGAAACUCAAAAUGAAAAUGUAACAGUGAAAACUAUUGAUCCAAAAGGGACCGAAACAGUUGACCCAGAAUCAUUUCACUAUGUUUCUCCAACAGACGUUUCACAUCGUUUAGCAAGAGAAAAACGUAGUAAGAAAACUGAUAAAGAGAAUACUGAUAGUGAUUAUGACUUUGCAAAAUCAUAUCGUGAUUUUGUACGAGAACAUUUUGGUAUUGAAGAAGCAAAUGCAUUAUCAGAUGACAAUAAAAAACAAAAGUCCAAAAAGCAACACGAUAAUAAUGAACAAAACGAUGACAAUGGUGAAGUUGAAGAAGAUGAAGAUUAUGAGGAAGAAGCUGAAGAUGGCGAAACGGAAAAUGAUGCCCCUAAAAAUAAAAGUUCUGCAGGUAACCCACAUGCAAAUGAAUAUUAUGAUGAAGAUGAUGAUGACAAUGAAGAUGAUAAUAAUGAGGAGCAAUCUGAUGAUGAUCCAGACAGUGGCAGUUAUGAAGAUGAAGAUUAUAAAAAUGUAAAAAAACUAUCACAGGAAACUGAUGAAAAUCCAGAAUUCUGCAAAACAGUGUAUAAAGAUAAUCAGGAAUGUCAAGUUUGUAAGAAUCCUAAAACUCAUGAUAAAUCUGAAACAUGUUCAUAUUCUUCAUCUCCAACUCCUAAACGCUAUGCAUAUAAAAAAGAAAAGAAUUAUCAUAGCAAUGACGACCCUGACAAUAUAAAUACAAUUCUGAUCCUUAAAAAUUCAAAAUCAAAUAAUGAAAACCAUUCAUUAACUAGUGGUUUUCAACCAUCCUAUCCAUAUUAUCACGGAUAUCAAGAUAGACGUACAACAACACCUUUACGAAAUUAUCAAUUUGAUGAAAAUAAUGAUGAUUUGUCGUUUAGAGCAAGUGAAUCAUUUCCAGUGACAGCAUCAAGUGAAACUUACGAUAAAGAUAUUGAUAUAUUCAAGAGUCGUGAUUGGUCACAAUGCACUAGGAAAAUAAAUAAAGAAGGAUUGACAUGCUAUUACUGUAAGGAUUCACAUGGUGCUACACAAGAAGAAUGUAUGUAUAUAGCAGGAAACGAUGAGAAUAAUCCCUUGAAGCCAAAAUCUAAUAAAAACAAAAAGCGAAACAGUGAUGGAAAAUCAAAAAAAAAGAAAAAUAAGAAAACUAAUGCAACCAUUUCCAAGUCUAUUUUGACAACCACGACUACAACAACUACAACACCAACAACUAUAAUACCACAGUUACAGUUUUAUGAUUCAGUUAAUACACAAAAUGUCAAAGACAGAAACAUAUUAAAUACAAAUGUAAAUAUUAUUCCGACAGCAAUAUCAUCUGUGUCAUGGCAAACAAAUCAUAAUCAGCAGCGACCACGUAUUCUAAAUCGAAGUCAAAACUUUAAUAAUAUUCCAAUUCCAAUGCUACAUCAGAAUAUUAAUACAAAUUCAUUAAGUAAAACUGUACCAUACGACAGCUCUGGAUUUAUAAAUUUAAAUAAUAAUCUACCAAUUUAUAUAACAACUGCAAAGCCAGUAGAAAGUCCAGUUAAAACACUAGAAUAUACUGAGCCAAGAAAUCGUGAAACUUUAAAACGAAUGAUUAAAUUAAAAAUAUCGAGUGAUGAUGAUUCUGGUACUCCUUCAAAAACAUCGGGUCAAGAUAAUGAUGCAACUGUUUUUUAUUCAAAAGUGUUACAGUUAACGUCAACAAGUAUCCUUAAAUAA